CAAAAAAAAACGGGAUCCACGGCUUAAAGUCGUGGAGCCGUUACCAUAGAAACUCCACCCGAUCCUGCCAUAAAUCAGUAUUUGUCGCGUGUUAAUAACUGUUACUGGGUAGUUUUUUAUUCUACAAUCACACGUGUUUACUUUAGUUUGGAGGCCGUCGUGUGAAUCCCGCUCGGAGUGAGACGUCUGCUCUCUGCUGAAAAACACACGUAGCCGCUCUCAUGUCUGCGCGGCGCUCUCUGCUCCUUUUCGGCAGAACCUCUCCAGCUGUCUGACGGCUCGCUCUCGGCUCGGCUCGCUCUCGGCUCGGCUCGUGUCUCUAUCCGGACCGCAGGGAUGCUCCGGUUCUGGUUCAAAGCGGCGGCGGUCUGCCUCUGGCUCUUCCCCGGGUGUGUGGCGGCCGCCGCCCGGCUGUACACGGAGGAGGACCCGCUGGUGAUCCUGAGCAGCGGCAGCCUGAAGUCCUCCGUGACGAACUCGUCCUCGGCCUGGCUGGUCCAGUUCUUCUCCUCCUGGUGUGGACACUGCAUCCAGUACUCCAGCACGUGGAAGGCCCUGGCCCAGGACGUCAAAGACUGGCAGCAGACCAUCAGCGUGGCCGUGCUGGACUGCGCUCAGGAGGAGAACUUCGACGUCUGUAAAGAGUUCAGCAUCAAGUUCUACCCAACCUUCAAAUAUUUUCGGGCUCACAGUCCAGAGACAGACAGAGGGACGACCUAUAGAGGUGCAGACAGAGAGAUCCAGUCAGUGAGACAGGUGAUGGUGAACAUCCUACAGAACCACACCAAGCGGGAGUGGCCCGAUCACUGUCCUCCACUGGACCCGUACAGCUCUGCAGAGCUGCUGCCUCUGCUGGGUCAGAGGUCGGACCACUACACCGCCAUCAUCAUCGAGGACCCGGACUCCUACGUAGGACGAGAGGUGAUCCUGGACCUGCAGCAGUACUCGGGUGUGGAGGUAAAGCGAGCUCUGAGCUCUGACCGCCCCCUGCUGGACGCUCUGAAGAUCACAACCUUCCCCUCCGUCUACCUGCUGCACCCGAACGCAUCGCACUCGCACCUGCACGUUCAGAAGCGGUUGCGUUUCUUCUUCUCCUCCCUCUUGAGGACGUUACCUGGAGUCCAGCGCAGGUGGAAGUCGGCCAGCAGCAGUUCCAGCAGAGGCCAGAUGGGGGUGCUGCCGGACAGACAGAGCACAGAGCCCUGGAGGGACUUUGACAGGUCGAAGGUGUACACAGCUGAUCUGGAGUCAGCCCUCCACUACCUGCUGAGAGUCGAGCUGGCCACCCACAGCACCCUGGAGGGGGAGGAGCUGAAGAUCUUUAAGGACUUCGUCACCUUGGUUGCAAAGUUGUAUCCAGGUGGAGGCUCUGUGGUGAAGCUGAUGGAGACUCUCUCUGAUUGGCUGCUCAGUUUGCCGCUGCAGCGAAUCCCCUACCAGGCCGUCCUGGACCUGGUGGACAACAAGAUGAGGAUCUCAGGUGUGUUCCUGGGGGCGGAGCUUCGCUGGGUUGGCUGCCAGGGCAGCAGGGCGGGGCUUCGAGGUUACCCGUGUUCCCUCUGGACUCUGUUCCACGUCCUGACCGUCCAACACGAUGCCACGCCGGCCGCACUGGAAAACACAGGUCUGGAGGCCGAGGCGGCGCCGGUGCUGCAGGUGAUGCGUCGCUACAUCCGGACGUUCUUCGGCUGCGAGCAGUGCGGCCGACACUUCGAACAGGCGGCGGCGGCCAGCAUGGAGAAAGUCCGGACCAGAGAGGACCAGGUCCUCUGGCUGUGGAACCAGCACAACAGGGUCAACUACAGACUGGCAGGUUCUCUGAGUGACGACCCCCUCUUCCCUAAAGCUCCGUGGCCGAGCCCCUCCCUCUGCUCCUCCUGCCAUGAGGAGAAAAAUGGCGUCCACGUCUGGAACCACGACAACGUCGUCCUCUUCCUCCGACAUCACUACGGCGCCUCCAAUCUGUCUCCCAAAUACUCCCUGACUCCCCCGCGACUCCCCGAAUCUCCUCCUGAUCCUGAUCCAGUACAGACCGGCCCGCCUCAGGAGGAGCACCGAGGAGGAGAGAAAGAGAAGAAGGAGCCGGAGAGGAAAGCCGAGGAGAAGCCGGAGCCUCGACCGGGACCCCACGCUCUGAGGGGGGAGGAGAGGGAGGAGGUUCUGGGUGUGGGGGGAGGAGGUGGAGCAGCAGGAGGAGGAGGUGUCUGGAUUCUGGGUCUGGGUUUUAACAGCGUGGACAUGAGUCUGUGUGUGGUCCUCUACGUCUCCUCCUGCCUCUUCCUCAUGCUCCUCUUCUUCUUCUUCAAAGUCCGAUCCAGAAGGUGGAAACUCCGCCACUCCCGCCUCCAUGUGUGACCCAGACCAGGACCAGACCGCUUUAUCCAGGACCAGCUCGAGUUCCAGUCAGGUCCAGGUCUGGUAGGGGCGUAUGAAGCGGAUCUUUGUGGUGGUUCAGCCUUUUCAGCCGGCUGCUGCUGGUUUCUAAACUACAUUAAUGGCGUCCCGUGUUCAGCUGCGUGAGGUCACAGGAGGCCCUGCAGACGCCGUCCAGUCCGCCAGACUAGAUUUAGAACGUCUGCCCGAUCAGCUGUCGUUUAGUUUGAGGCCAGCUGGUUGGUUGGAUUUCUAACCUGUGAAAAAGAGAACUUGGCUGCAGGAGGAUCUUCGAGCACAAACUGCCUUCCUGUCGGCGAGAACAGUCGUCGUCUUUCAAUAAAUGUUAUCAGAAGUGUCGGCGUGUCCAGAGUAAAUAUUAAAGGUGCUCCCCGUACCAAGCCCUGAACCGGAUCACUCUGGACUGGAUUUGUGGAUUUUAGUGGCUCAGAUGUGGAACCUGGUCUGCAUUUGUUUUAUUUAAACCGGACGCUAAAGGUCUGGAUUUAUUUAUUUUUACAUUUGAAACUCAAACUGUGUCCCGUGAGCAGGUCUGUGUUCAGACCUGGACUGUCCCUGAACUCCACAGGAGGGACGUGGACAUGAUGGACCAGCAGGACGCUGAGCCUGACAUGGACCAGACCUGUACCGGUUCUGCUGUGUUCACUUUGUGCCAAAUGUUUAACCUGCUGACGGUAGACUCACCUGUCCUCUCAGGCCCCGCCUCCUCCUCUGUGUGCAGGUGUGUUUGUUCUUCUUUAAUUAAACUGUGAGACACGGAGCCGUCCUGAUGGAUCUGGACAGAUACUGAAUUUAAAAAACCUGAUAAUGAAACAUCAGCUGAUACCUGAUCAAGAAGGGUCCUUUAAAAACCCAGAUAUGUGCAGGGUGGGACGUUUAAAGGCGUUCUGUUAACGAUAUUUUAAAUGUUCAGAUUAAACGAGCGUCAUUGGAAACUGCAAACAGCUCAGUUUUACUAAAUUUGAGUAAAAGGAAACUCCCUCGUGUGUGAAAAUGUUUUUAUUUUUUUUAUUAAAUGUGAACAUUAAUAAGAAGUGUUGUGAGUUGUGGGCGAGCCGCUGUUACCAGUGUUGGGUUGAAUAAAAUUUGAUCAUUAAAUUAC